AUGUUGCUAUUGUAUUCUACAUGGAGCGACAAUUAUAUUCAAGACUCGAGUGUCCGUCAAGCUAAUGAUCUUCAAUGGAAGGUGGGUCCAACUAACAUAAUUUUCGAGGACAAGGAAUUGGAGAAGACUCCUCUUGGAGAUGCAAUUGACUCUUUGAUGGUUCGCUGGGCGCAACUUCUUUCAAAUGUGUCUUCACGUUCUCCAGUUCCGGCUCCAUCGACCAUUGAUCAUGUGAAGGAAGUAGUGGAAAUAUCGAUGUAUCAUUUCCGCGACUCCUGCUUGGAUGUUUGUUCUGAAUUCACGAAAAUAGACCUGCAGUGGCAGCUUGAUCAUCCAGAAGAAGAAUUAAAAGGACUGGAUGAUGCCCUUAUUCGUCAAGAAACUUUACUUGCCCGAGCGCAUGGGAUCCUUGACCGGCGAUGCAAGGAGUUUUUCGUUUGA